AUGCCGGAUGGAGCAUCUAUACAUCUUGUGGAAGAUACCUUGGAAUAUCAGUAUACAACAGUUAAAAGGUCAAUCCAUAUCUUCUAUCUAGAUCCAAGAAAGCCGUUGAAUUCAAAAGUACGACUGCAAUUAACCAUUACCCGUACAAUGCACAAUGCCAUCGCAUAUACUCCUGAGGAAUGUGGGCCUGCAGCAUUACCUGUACGCGCAGUACUUUCGGAGCGUAGAAAUUAUGUUAGAUUAGAGCUGUCCUUUCAGCCGGGGCUCAAUGCACCAAUUACGAAGAGAAGAAUCAGUGAAUUCGAUGGAAACCGGGCAGAAGCUUUAGAGAUAGGUCACCUCAAACCCUCAACAACCCUCAAAGCAGGCGUCUGGAUAAAGCGUCCACAACAACCUGGAUCAUUAAACUUUAGCAAGAUGCAGAGUUGCAGAUGGGCAAUCCCAAGGUUCAUCCCUGGGGAAGGAGAUCAUGUAAGGUCUGAGAUAGGUCAUUGGCAUCUGUGGCCCGCGGCCGAGGGAGCUUUGUUUACACCAUCCCGUCGUCCAUUGGCAUGCGUCCGCGCUGGCUCUCUAGCCCUAGCCACCAGUAUGCUGAGCCGCGAUCCCCAGCAGCCGAACAUGGCAACAAUCGUACCCACGCAUGGUCGUCCGCGUCCUCUCUUUCAAUUAGUUGCUGAUGAGCCACCGCCAUCACCGUCAUUCACGCCGUCAGAAACGGAGCCCAUGGCUAACGGAUACUCUGCCCUCCCUGGCGAAUUGAACGCGCCGCAGAAGAGCCGGAAUAGAUCGCAGACCACAGUGUGUCUGCCGCCCGCUCCCUCGCCGCCAAAGAAGCGAGCAUCCUCAUUCUAUCCGCCUCGCGGGCCUGAUGAGACCGCGGAUGAGUCGAACCCGGAUCCAUUUUACCUCGAACAGUCGCUGAAGAGCGCGGCCAGCUGGGGAUCCUGUCGACAGGACUUUCGUCAUGCGAGAACUGGUGAAGAAAUCCAACGGUUCUUCAUGCUAGCCCUCGUGAAGUCUGGUGCAGAACUCCCGGUUGCCAGCCCAGGAGCGCGCGGGGAGACUGCAAGAUCCCAGGCGAAUAGCCAUCGAUCAACACUGUCCGUCGUCGAGCUCGAACACCAACUCAGUCUACAGCAGCUCCCCAGCCAGCCCUGGGCAGGCGAACCAACCGACUACAGCCAGGGCUCCUUCAGCUCCGUCCACACAGAGGCAACCCCUGACCUCACACCGAGCAGUUCAUUCUCUUCCAACUCUUCUGCUCCGAUCUACCCAGAGACCGUCAUCAAGGCGACGGAACAACUUUCGCUUCUUUCCAAACAGGCAAACGAGACCCCCUUUAACCCAGGAUACCCGUCUUGUGCCACGCCUCUCAAUCGAUCCCAGAUAACGCUCGCUACACUACCGUCGACGCCGCCAAUCUGCGAGACAAGACCGCAACCGACGUUCCCGAACGAUUCUUCAGAGACCCUCAUCAUGCCUCCCGCCAGGAGUCAGGAUGCGGUGUCCCUCCGGGGCAAACCCCUACCCUCGCUCCCAAGCAACCCCCGCAGCGGGAAUGGACACCCGCCGAGGAAGCCACCUCCAAGCCGGCUGGUGAUUGAACCGUCCAUGAUCUCUUCACCCAGUCUCAUUGACCCCGUCACCCUGGAGCCGCACCGAUCACAUUUCGAUCAGGCUUUGUUUAUCCCGGCCAAUGAAUGCCCGAGCCCGGUGCCCAGUCCAGGACCCCCGUCGCCUGCAUUUGAGUGCCAGCCAACAGCGCCGUCCAGCCGGGAGAGGCCCUCCACUUCGGCCUCCGAGAUGUACUGUGAGCAAUCCGUUUGGGAAUCCGACUCUGAAAAUGAAGACGCGGAUCCCAGGUCGCUCUCUCGAAAACCAAUUGACACUCUGAAGAAGGUCCGUAGCAGGGUCCAACUACGCGUUGCAAAGUCGACGCCCAAGCUGCAGAACCACCACAACCACCCGGGAUUGGAAAAGUUCCCCACGAUGCCCGAGGCACCACGGCAGGCGCUGUGCUGCGCAACCGCAAGCCCCAAGCAAACGGUCCUCCAAGCCCGUCCCGGCCGGGAUAUCCUGCGAAGCAAUGCGCAACACACUCUGCGCCUGGUGGCGCCGUCAACGACUUCCUUGGUCCAUCCCAGAUCUCGCCGCAACAGCAGCAAAACCAGAACCUAUGACAUCGACCGGUCCACCGCUGCCGCAAUGCAAGCCAAGUCGCGUCGUCGGCAACGAUCUGACUGCCCCGAGAUAUCCUUAUCCGCAGAACGCGAGAAGAUGUGCACCUUUUGCCGCGAGGAGCGGUCUGACAAAGCCAUCCAUCACAGCUUGACGUUGUCGCGUCCCCCUCUGUACAAGCGAGUCUGGGAAUCCCUCCGAGUCCUGGGCUGCCAUGGCGAUAUCACGCCGCCCAGACCACGCAAGGCGAUGUAA